CUUCGUUGUUGUUUACGGAAAAUUUGAUUUUAUAAAUAAUUUAAUCUGGGUUCAUCUUCCUGGACGUGGAUAUCUGCUCAUAAAGUCUGCGGCUAGAAACAAGAACCAUGGACCUUCCGCAGGAAUCGAUUUCCUUGCAACCAAUCAUCAUAAAAGAAGAAUGCGACCCCGAGGACUCACUUUCCGAGGAGGAGGAGGAUAAUCCGCAGCACCCUUCCGAAUCUCCCUGCUGUGUCUUCUGCUUCCGCGUCCAAUCCGACGGGCUGCUCUCCGAUGGGCCAGCCUUGCGGGAAAAGAUCGAAUUCGUGCUCGCGGCGCGGUUACGGUCCCUUAAGGUUCCCAGCUGCCUGAACUGCGCGCAGAUGUUCGACUUGUUUUACAACUUCAAGAAGAGCUGCCUGCUGGCGCUGUCCAAAAAGGAGGAACUGCAACAGGCACUGGUGCAAAAGAGUGCCGAGGGCAGGUAUGCGGAAAUGGUGAAGGUUCGGAAGGUGCCGAGGGCAAAGAAGAUUAUCACAUGUUCCGUUUGUUCGAGGGAAUUUACGGACGAGGACGAGCACCGCUAUCACAUCAAUCAGCACUUUGGGGUCAAACCGUUCAAAUGUAAGGUCGCAGGAUGCAAACAGUCGUUCCCAAACCCAAAGGACUGCUUCGUGCACGAAGCAAUGUGCUCGGUAGUGCCGCCACCUUCCAGGGAGUGCGAAGUCUGUGCGUUCCGAUUCGCAACGGAGGCGGAGCUCGAGGCGCACAAGAUCACGCACAGUGAGCCCAACUUCCAGUGUGGCCAAUGUGGAGAAGCGUUCUUUUAUGCACUUGACUGCGAAAACCACGAGAGAGACUGUCGCAUCCAGGCGGCAGAUCCCCUACAAAAUAUCAAGUUGGAAGACUCCCUAGAAGAUCUGGAUGAAGAGUCAUCAAACAAUACUUCCGAUGGCUCCAGAAACACCGAACACAUCCCCGUCGUCGAGAAGUUCGAACAACCACCCGUAGAUAGGCUCUGUAAGCGCUGCGGCGAAACGUUCCCGCUUGCCAACCGCACCUUCCACAAGCACCAGAGGAAAUGUAGACCCAGCAAUCACAAGACCUAUCCGUGUACGCUCUGCGAAAAGACGUUCACCAAGAAGAUGACGCUCGAAACGCACCUCAACAAGCACGCAGGAGUUCAGUCGUUCAAGUGCCGUAAACCCGGCUGUGACAAAACCUUCUUCGGAUAUCCGGCGCGGUACUCGCACGAAGAAUCCUGCGGCAGCAAGGGCUUCGUGUGUGACAUGUGUGGCGAAACGUUAACGUCGCCGGCCUCGCUACGCAUCCACCGGGCCAGGCACGACGAGCCGCAGAUUCCGUGCGAGCUGUGCGAUAAGAUGUUCAAGACCAAGUCCGCCCUGCAGAAGCACAUGACGACCCACUCGGAGGAGCGCAAAUUCGAGUGCGAAACGUGUGGGAAAAGGUUUAAGUCGGCCGAAGCAAAUCGGGUUCACCAGCGGAUUCACACCCAGGAGAAGCCGUAUGCGUGUCCGGAGUGUGACAAGCGGUUCACGUAUAACUGUUCGCUGAAGGCGCACCUGGAGAAGAAGGCGUGCUUGGUGCAUUGAGAAGAGAUUCGCGAUUUUUAUCCAACUUCAUAUUUUCGUAUUUUUCGCGAAAAUUCUCUUAACCACAAUUUAAAAACUGCGAUAUCUCUGGAGCCCAAAUUGUAGAAACAAAUUCCAAGAUUCCAACCCUGAAUAAACCUGAAUAAAUUUCAAUUAUUCUUUCUCUAAGGCUAGUACGGAGUGUAGUGAAUGAGUGUGGCAGAGAAGAGAGAGUGAGAAUAGAGAGAGUGUAUGUAGUGUAAUGAGAGAGCAGGCAAGCCGAGAGAGAAGUUGAGAAUGUUUGCGUGAGCAAACGAGAAAUAAACCAGUCGUGUGUUUUGCUUUGGCAUGAAAA